AUGAAGACGUAUCUUUGGCUUCAGGGAGACAUUUGUCGCAACAAAACGUCGACUAAAAACCAGAAUUUGAUUAACAAUAACAACGAAGACAUAAUCAAUAAGAAUUAUAGCGACGGUUCACUUGUGAAGUGUCAUCUUCUGGACAACGAUAACAAUGCAUUCAAUUUAAUCACUGGUGAAGUGAAGUCUCUCGAUCUUAACGACGACUCAUCGAAGUUAGAGAACAAUGAAAGGGGAAGAAAACCACGAAAAUGUGUGACUAAUUUGAAUACCUCUGGGAGUGAAGAAUUGGAGACACAGGGCGACCAACUCAACAGAAUCAAAGCUCAGCGCAGGAAUGCCAGGUCUGCCACCACUUCGACCACACCAUCGAUAACCGUUAAAAUAGAUGACAUGCGAUCUCAUCGUCGGUCCACUUCUCAACCAAAAGAAGACAUUUAUAUUUCACCCCUAAAGUCGUUGAAACCGCAACAGAUUAAAAGCACAACAGUUUCCAUAUAUAAUACCAGAUCUGCCAUUAGAAGAGGCAAAACAGUUCCUAUUGAAGAUCAAACCGACAAAUUGAAGACUACUACUGACAACCAAACCGAUGAGAUAAGCAUUUCAAGUGUGAAAUACUUGAAAAAAUUAAAUGAUAAUUUGAAUAACGCUAAGAAUCAAAUCUCUUCGAACACCAAAACUGGCGUUUGGCGACACGUUGUCGUUCCGAUACAUGUCGUUCCCGUUCAGGAGAUUAUCUCAGAUUCUUCAUCUUCUUCUGCUUCUAACUCUGAAUCUAAUGCUAAACCAAAUUCUGCCAAACUCGACAACUGGUAUGCAAUCCCGAGACGCGUCAAAGCCAUUGGUUCGGUGACAGUCUGGCAGCUUGUCGUGCAAAAGGUCCAAACCAUCCAAUAGGACACAGACUAAGAGAGUUUUAUGCACCAAAUCAACCAAAACAGUCAAACCUUCAAUUCCUCCCAAAUAUCCCUUCAGUAAGCAGUCGAGGAAAAUGUGUCGCAAAAAUCGAAAGGUUGGCAACAAAACUACCAAAAGAAAAUUGUCCGCAAUAUCUCUGUCUGUCUGUUCCGGAUCUCCAAAAAACAGUAAAAAGUGAAGCAAUGAUUCAGUAGUUUAUUAUAUGAUUUGCUUAAAUUUGAUAUAAAUUAACCAUUUUAUAGACUAAUGCCACGUCUAAGCAUAGAUUCGCAUUAAAUUUAAACAUUUUCCCAUUAUAUUAAUUGAGAUUAUUUCAAAAACAAUAACAUUUUUAAUUUUAA